AUGGUCUCAGUGUUGCGCGGCAGGUCGCGCAGCGGACGGACCUCGCCUUUGUCGGGGCGGCCAGCGAGGAAGAUACUGGCUCAGUACAGUGCAUAUGCUGAGAUUCUGGCUGAGUUUGAGCAGUCUGGUGUGUCUGGCAAAUCAUUUGACUACUCAAGGAUGGUCCUUGAUCCUCCUAGGAUCAUUGGGUACAGUGAGAAUUGUUUUCAAUUGUUGGGUUUGGAGAGGCAAAUUGACUCCACGCAGUUCAUGGGUUUGAUUGGGGUUGAUGCAACAACCCUUUUCACUCCCUCUUCUGGGGCUUCCUUAGAAAAAGUUGUGGCUUCCAGGGAAAUUUCGCUUCUGAACCCAAUUUGGGUCUAUGCAAGGACAACUCAGAAGCCAUUUUAUGCCAUACUGCAUAGGAUUGAUGUUGGAGUUGUGAUUGAUUUGGAGCCGAGACACACGGACUUGAAAUUUGAGACGGUGAGGGGAACGAGGUUCCCGAAGAGGCCCAAGACAGAUGACUACCCAAGAUGCAGGAAACUUUACAGUGCAAGACCAAUGAGAGAAUGA